AUGAAAAUCGGGUUUGAAUUCAGACCCUUGAAAAUGUCAACAAUAUUGAUAAGGUGUUUGUACUUUGUUGUGUGGUUCGUGCAGUUCGAAUGUCAAAAAUUUCAAGGUCGACCUAAAAUAUCUACUUCGAAUGGACAUCUUAUACUUGAAGCAGCUCAAGAUCAAAAUAUCUACUUACGCACUAAUGGACCCAAAUCUGGUAUUUACGUGCAAGAUAUAAACUUACUCCAUCUAAGUGUUUCCGAUAAUAGCGAAAAGUAUCCAAUUGCUCCAAAUGAUAAUUUUGAAAAAUAUUUGAAUGGGCCGAAUGGGAUUAUAAGUCGUUUAGAGCGACUGGAGGAACAAAUAAAAGAAACACCACGUGAUGCAAUUAAUAAUAUAACAUUUUUGAUAAGAAAAGUUAAUAGACUUAACAAUCGAAUAUCAAAUUUCCAAAGUUUAAUACGUGACAAAGUGAAAGACGAAUGUCAAAACAAUCCUUGCCAAAAUGCCGGUACUUGUUUAAACUUAGUGGACGGCUACCAUUGUUUAUGUCCAUCAAAUUGGGAAGGAAAAAAUUGUGAUAUUGAUGUUAAUGAGUGUCGUAAUUUUGCUGGAACAGACUUAGGUUGCCAAAAUGGUGCAACAUGCAUCAACAGACCGGGAACAUACGAAUGCUUCUGCGCUUCAGGUUGGUUUGGAAUACAUUGUACGAGGCGGGCAAAGGAUUGUUCCGCUGGCAAUUAUGAAAUGUGUGGAUUUGGUACUUGUGUUCCUGUUACGAGUGGUGAAGGCAUAAAGUGUAUAUGUAAUCAAGGUUGGGAAACGAAUGGCACUGAAAUAGCAUGUCUUACCGACGUCAAUGAAUGUGACUCUAGUCGCGGGCUGCGCUGUUCCGCUAACCCGAAAGUCGAUUGCAUCAAUCUACCCGGAUCAUUCAGAUGCGGACAAUGCCCUCCGGGGUAUGAAGGAGACGGCUUCACAUGUCAUGAUAUAAACGAAUGUGAGACAAUCCUAAAUGGCGGCUGCAGCCCGUUGGUGACGUGUCACAACACAAUAGGAUCUCGUAUCUGCGGUCCUUGUCCUCCUGGUUAUCAAGGAGAUGGAGCAACAUGUACUUGGAGAGGCACUUGUAAUAUCAAUCAUGGCGGAUGUCAUCCUUCUGCACAAUGUAUUGACAGCAUGGCAGUAGUGCAAUGCAUUUGCCCACUGGGAAUGGAAGGUGACGGAAUCGGGCUUCAAGGAUGUUAUGUUACAAUCGGUGGUAAUUCUACUCAGCGUUGUGAAAAUAACCCGUGUGUGAACGGCCAUUGCCACCCACUAUUGUCCGGGUACACAUGUUUAUGUAAUAAGGGUUACAAUGGUGUUCAUUGUGAUGUUCCAGUAGACUAUUGUUCGAGCAACCCAUGUCAACAUGGAGGCACAUGUAGACCGGGCGACAGUUUUACCGACUUCAGAUGCGAGUGUACUGCCGAGUACACUGGAAAUUUGUGUCAGAUGAAAUCAAGGUCAUGCAGUGGUGUUUUGGAUGCAGAAGAAGGUAGCCUUAUAUAUCCUUUAACUAAUAGCUCUUACGAUCAUAAUUCCAAAUGUGCGUGGGUGAUCCAUACGGCGACAGAUAAAGUUAUAAAUGUAACAUUUAGUAAAUUCAAUUUAGAGCCAGAGCCCGAGUGUAUGUAUGACUUUUUACAAAUUCACGACGGACGAACUUCAUCCAGUCAACUAAUAGGUAGAUUUUGCGGGAAUGAUUUACCAAAAGGGGGUAAUAUUAUAUCUAGCAAUAAUAACCUGUACUUAUGGUUCCGUUCUGAUAAAACCGUUGCUAAAGAAGGAUUCGCUCUUCAUUGGGAAAGCGUCAAACCAGUUUGUGGCGGUGAAAUAGACGCCACCACUUACGGACAUAUCAAUUCGCCGGGUUCUCCAGGCAAAUACCCACCGAAUAGAGAUUGCUAUUGGCAUUUGUCUACUACUUUUGGAAAAAGAAUAUCACUACAUUUCUUCGCAUUAGAUAUUGAAUCUCACGCUAAUUGUAGUUUUGAUUACUUAGCAAUUUAUGAUGGAGAACAGCUUAGUGAUCCUCUAAUUAAAUACUGUAACUCUACCCAACCUGCGCCCCUACAAUCAUCAAGUUCCGAAAUAACUAUACAUUUUCAUUCAGACGCAUAUGGUUCGGGUAAUGGAUUCCAAAUAACCUUCGCACCUGUUGAAGGCAUACCCGGUUGCGGUGGCUACUAUACUUUGGACAAAGGUGAAAUCGUUUCACCUUCAUAUAAUGGUUAUUAUUUAGAUAACUUGUUAUGCGAAUAUAAAAUAGUAACAGGUUCGGACUCUAAAAUUAGAUUAGACUUUAAAUCGUUUAAAUUAGAAAGAUCCGUAAGAUGCAGGUAUGAUUAUUUGAAAGUUUAUGAUGGGCCAUCAGCAAAUUCCAGGUUAGUCGGCAAAUUUUGCGGUAAUUCCUACCCAAAUUCAUAUGUCUCGACAUCCAAUAGUCUUUUCAUUAUUUUUAAAACUGAUCACAGUGCUUCAUCAGAAGGAUUUAAAAUUUCUUUCGAAACUGUUUGUCAGAAAACGAUUUUUGGAGAAAGUGGUAUCAUUAAAUCGCCUGGGUAUCCAUUUCUUUAUCCUUCUAAUAAAGUAUGCGAAUACAUCAUAGGGACUGUACCUGGAAAAGCAAUCCAGUUAACUUUUCAAUAUUUUGAUAUCGAAGACAACAAUUAUUAUGACUGUAAAUAUGAUAAUGUUGAAAUAAGAGAUGGUUCAGAUCGCAAUGCAACACUUCUAGGAAAAUAUUGUGGUGGUGGACCAGAACAUAUGCCUCCUGUAAAAAUUUCCACACAUAACUACCUCUAUAUACGAUUCACAUCAGAUAUGAGCAUUUCUGGUACUGGAUUUUAUGCAAAUUUUACGACAAUUGAUACGGAAUGUGGCGGUAUAUACAGGGAAACUACAGGACUUAUUAAGCACCCGUCUGGAGAUGACUCUACUGUGACUGCACAAAAUAACCAGAAAUGUAUAUGGAUGCUAGUCGCCCCUGAAGGAAUGCAUAUCAAAUUAUCAUGGAACAAAUUUGAAAUCGAAAAUCAUUUGACCUGCAGCAGUGAUUACGUGGAACUUCUUGAAAUCGAUGUUAGUAAUCAUAAUGAAAGUCUCGGAAAAUUCUGCGGUGCGUCAUAUCCUCCAUCUUUGACUACUACAACAAAUCGCUUAAUGAUAAGAUUUUUGUCUGACGGCAGUAUUCGAUCGACCGGAUUUUCUUUAUCGUAUACAUUUUUAGAUGAUAAGACACACUGUGGGGCAGUUUAUGCAAAGUCACAUGGAUAUAUAUAUUCACCGGGAUGGCCGAAAAAAUACGAGCCUAAUCGUGAUUGCACAUGGGUAAUUAUAGUUCCCGUUGGUCAACAAAUAAUGCUAAACAUUUCACAGUUCGAUUUAGAACGUCCUAUACGCGAUAAAUGUGAUCUCGGUGAUUAUUUGGAAAUUCGAAAUGGUGAUAGUCGGAAUUCCCCCUUAAUUGGAAAAUACUGCGGAACCUUUCAGUCAAAACGUGUAACAUCGAUUUCAAAUAAUUUAUAUUUACGAUUUCAUUCAGAUUACUAUCUAACAGGUAAUGGUUUUAAAAUAGAAUGGGAUGGUACUAUAACAGGUUGCGGUGGGACAGUGACUAGUCCACACGGAACAAUUUCAUCUCCAAAUUAUCCGAAUGACUACUACGAAAAUGCUGAAUGUUUUUACAGAAUCGUUACUAGUGAAGGAUCUCGAAUACGCAUACGGUUUGUUGAUUUAGAUUUGGAGAGAACACCAUUUUGUAAAGAUGAUUACGUAGAAAUAUUUGAUGGAAGAGAUGAAACAUCGAAUAGUUUCGGUAAAUUUUGCUUUUUAAAUCCUAUUUUAGGUAUUAUUGAAACAACAAGCAACAUUGCCUUUGUAAAAUUUCGAUCUGAUUUUUAUAUUGCAAGUAAAGGGUUCCUGAUAAAUUAUGAUACAAUAUGUGAAACAAAUAUAACUGGGAAAUACGGUGUGAUUGAAAGUCCUGGCUAUCCAGGCAACUAUGGAAUGGACUUAAAUUGUAUAUGGACUAUCAAUGCCCCAAAAGGGCAAAAAAUUAACGUGACUUUUACUCAUUUCGAUAUUCUCAGUUCAUACCGCAACUCUUGGUCUUCGAAAAUUCGUUCAAAAUGUUAUAAUCAUUAUUUGCAGUGGAAAGAGACCAACCAAGUUGAUUUUUCAGACAAAUUUUGCGGGUCUGUAGCGCCUCGCAUGAUAAGCACCGCCAGCAAUUCACUGCAAAUAAAAUUUGUUAGUGGAUCCUUUAGAACUCUUACAGGAUUCAGACUUGAAUGGGUGAGUUACGGCUGUGGUGGAUACUUUAAAAAACGAUACGGUACCAUCAUUCUCGAUAGCACUUCAUUCAGUGGAGAAAUGGAAUGUGAAUGGUUAAUCGAAAGUCCAAUUGGCGCUAAUAUUAUGAUUACUUUUAAUUCAGUGUACAUGACAGAUUCUAAAAAUUGCACUGUCGACUCAAUAGAAGUAUUUAAUGGACAAACAGCUAAUUCACCGCUCAUAACAAAGUUUUGUCAUCGUUCUGAUACUAUUCAAGUGUACUCCACCUCAAAUUUCAUGUUGAUACGUUUAACUAAACACUCCAACUUAAAAGAUGUAUAUUUCUCCUCAACUUAUAACGCUUUUCACUACGGUUGCGGCUCUGAAAUGGCAGCUACAACAGGAAUGCUAUAUUCUAAAAACUACCCUAACAACUAUGACAAUAAUAUAGAUUGCAUUUGGAGAAUAAUGGUACCUAGUAAUCACCGUAUUGAAUUAAAUUUCAUAGACAUAGAUCUGUAUAACGAGGAUGAAGAGGAUUGUAAUGACAACAUCAAAAUUUAUGAUGGUUAUAUCAAUAAAAAUUAUACCCAUAUAAUUUGUCCAGGAACACAAGCUCAACAGUAUAUAUCAAAAAGUAAUAGUUUGUACUUGCAGUUUGUUACUAAUGCUCAAGGAACAGCCAAGGGUUUCAAAGCUAAUUACACAAUGACGUGUGGCGCUAUUAUAAAUGCAACUCGAGACGGUAUAAUAACCAACGAUAAAUUCUUAAGGCAUACGAAUAUAAGUUGCAUAUGGACUAUACUUGCUCCGAGUACCGAUCAAAAAAUAACUUUAACGCUAACUCAUAUGUCUUUGUCAAAAAACUAUGACAUAUCUUCAAACAGAAGUUGUCCAUCAUCAUUUCUACGGAUUCGUGAUGGUGAUGAUGACAGUUCGCCUGUAGUUGGGGAAUAUUGUGGUAAAAAAAUCCCACCAAGUAUUGUAAGUCACGGAUAUGCAUUGACUAUUGAACUAGGUACUUAUGAUAACACUAUUGAAGGGCAAUUUUCGGCACAUUAUACUUCAUUUUCGAGUGCUUGCGGAGGCACAUUAACAUCCGAGGAAGGAGCUAUUGCUUCACCAAACUAUCCACAGCCUUAUCCCAUCAACACAGACUGUGAAUGGACUCUGGGAACUUCACCAGGAAACAGAGUUUAUAUAGUGUUUGAAAAUUUUAAUUUACAAGAUUCAGAAGAUUGCAACCAGGACUAUGUGGAAGUACGGGAAAACCACAGCGCUGGUCGGCUACUAGGAAUAUACUGUGGAAGCAAAGUAACAUUUAACGAUACUUAUGCUGCAAGAUUGUACAUAAAAUUUCAUAGCGAUAACCAAGAUACAGACAGUGGAUUUAUGAUAAAGUACGGUUUCCUGCACGGCAAUGAUAUAAGCGGUUCAGAUAGCGGGAAUAUAGCUUCACCGCUUUAUCCUACACGAUACGAAGGAGCUGCUGAUUAUUCAUGGAGGGUAACCGUUUCGUCUGGCACCAUUACUGUUCGUAUAACGAGAUUAGAAAUUAUGUCGAUAGGAAGUUCAUGCUCAAGUUACCUCGCUAUCUAUGAUGGAUAUGACGAUGAAGCAUUUUUGUUGGAAAACCUUUGUGGAGUGUUAAAUUACAAUGAAAAAUCAUUUCAAACUACCUCCAACGUUGUUUAUAUAAAACUGAAACUUGAUGAUAGCAACACGGGAUCAUUAUUUUUAUUGGGUUGGGCUAAAACAGGUAGACCUGAAAGUGUUGACACAGCAGCGAAAAAUCCUAAUUGUGGCUCAAAUGGCACUCAGAUCGUCGAACCAGAUCAAGUACUUACUUUAACGUCACCAAAUUACCCUUCGUCUUACGAUAAUAAUUUAAAUUGUACAUGGGUUUACAAAGCCACACCAGGUUAUCAUUUACGUUUACAAUUUCGAGUCGUGAGAUUAGAAGAAACGUCGGGAUGUUUUGCUGAUUCUAUUUCUAUUUUCACUUCCGAUAACUUAAUGCAGUGGCAACCUAUCAAACAAAAAGUGUGUUUGUUUGGCGAAUUAGAAAAAAAUAUUAACGCCUCAACUUAUGUAAAAAUAGCAUUCCUUACUGAUUCAUCAAUAAAUGCUAAAGGUUUUCAGGCAACGCUACGUUCUCAAUGUGGCGGUAUUCUUACUGACAUAUCUGGGAAGGUAAGCCCCUCUUGGUAUGAUUUUAUCCGUAGUGAUACCUAUCCCACUAAAUGUGAAUGGAAAAUAAAAGUUAGACCAGGACGAUUAAUUAAAUUUUCCUUCCUACAAUUUAAUAUUACGAAUACGUUGGAGUGCAAUACAUUCGUAACGCUACAUAAUGGAGAAUCUUCUGAGUCGCCUUUAUUAGGAAGUGGAAAAUAUUGUGGAUUUUCUCAUGAAGAACGAAGUGUUAUGACCACUUCAAGUAAUUCUUUAGUUAUUACGUAUUCUACCAAUUACUUAGUUGAAAGAAUAUUUAAGACGUUUAAUAUAUGGUAUGAAGAAGAAACAAGAGAAUGCGGUUCUACUGCUACUUUAAACUCGGAUCAUACUUGGGAUGAAAUAACUUCUCCAAACUACCCAUCUAUACCAACAGCGUAUACUGAAUGUAUCUGGAAAUUCUCAGGUCCUCCUGGCGAAAUUUUGAAAAUAGACUUUGACCGUCUAGAUCUGGACAAAGACAUCAACUGUCGAUUAGAAUUUAUAGAGGUACGGGAUGGAUCUUCUGAAUUAGCACCACUCAAAGAGCGAUUCUGUGGCACUGAAAAUCCCGGUACUCUCAAAACUAGUAACAAUGUGCUGUACGUAAAAUAUUCAACACAAAAACUUCCCCCAAAUAACGGCUUCAAAGCUAACGUUUCAAUAGAUAUUUGUGGGGGAACAAUUGUAGCGAAAGUAGGAGAAAUAUCAUCACCUGGAUAUCCUCUUAAACCAAGGCUUAAAUACGGCUCAAUGUGUGAAUGGCAUCUGAAAGGCAAUCCACUAUUUACUUUUUUAAUUCAAGCUCAAGAUAUAGACUUACCAGAAUCUGAAGCACCCUGUGACACUAGAGUAACAAUCGAGGAGUCAUUCCCAGAAAAUAACACCGUCACAAUAUUAAAGACAUUCUGUAACGAUGAUAUUUUUAACUCGGAGUCCCAUGGACUGAUUGAAACGUUGACAAAUGACGUUAUCAUCAAACUUCGUAUUGGUAAGCCAAGUGUAUACACACAAUCAUCUAAUUAUAGAGGUUUCCGUUUUACUUUUAACUCCUCGAUACCUAAAUGUGGAGGAACAUUUAAUACCCCUGAUGGUUAUCUGUCUACACCCGGAUAUCCAAGAUACACUACAUUAAGGGCCUGCCAUUGGAGGAUCAUCGUGCCAGACGAAAGUCGGAGAGUAACAUUAGAGCUUAUAGAUGCUGAUAUCGAAAGACAUAGAAUCAAUAUAUACAAUGAUGAGUUUCAUCGCAGUCUCAUACAAACAAUUCCUAGUGAUGAAUAUUCGCCAACAACACAAAUUUUUGAAUCGUCUGGGAAUACGAUGGCUCUGUAUAUUUGGCUAGAUCCUACCACUGGAUCACGUCAUAGAUUCAAAGCAAAAUAUACUACUGAUAAACCAGCACUUUGCGGUGAACACUUAAUCGGCUCAAGUGGACAAUUCAUAUCACCAGACCUUGAUAGAUCUUACACAUGCAAAUGGAAAUAUAAUUAUAAUGCUGUAAAUUUAGCAAAUACAAUAAACUCUACGGAUUUGUUUGCAAACACAUUAUUUCUAAGAGUACAUAUAAAUUCAUCAGUGAGCAGUAGUGUAUGUCGAUAUACAGAUCCGAAAUUAUCCAUAAAAUAUACUAUAAGUAAUAGAGGAAUAAGAUACAAUAAAAUCCUAUGUAAAAGUGGCACUAAUGAAGAUCUUAGAUUACCAUCACCCGCAGUAGAUAUAAUGGCCAUAAAAAGAAAAACCGGUUCAUUAUUUUUUAAUGUUUAUUGGAAAUUUCAACCCUGUGGUGGGGUGGUCUAUGCAACAGAAAAUCCUAUUAACAUUAUAAACGUCCCAAGUGCUUACAAUGAUUCUUUAGAUUGUGCCUGGUUAGUUAUAAUACCCAUCGGUACAAGGGUAAAAGUGAAGUUGGAUGGUAAAUUCCAAUUGAAUUGUCAGGAUGAAUUUGUAACAAUACAUUCAGAUGUCACAGCUGUAUCAACAAAAAUAGGCGAUUAUUGUAAAGAUAAAACACAGGAAGAUCCAAUACAACUCAAAUAUUCCAUGCUUUAUAUCCAAUAUCACACUAAAGCAAAGAAUGAAACUAACAUUAAAUUAUUGUUAAACACUGUUCAAAACCAGUGCGGUGGAUAUUUAAUGACUUACGAGAGUAUAUUUGAAUCACCGAAUUAUCCCAAAAGCUACACAGAAAACCAAGAAUGUACGUGGGAAAUGAAAACAGAUCAAGGCAGUAGGAUAUCGCUUAGAUUUAUAGGUCGAUUCGCUGUCGAAUCACGACCCAACUGUACAAAAGAUGCGGUCAUAGUAUACGACUGGAAAGAUAACCAAUACAUAGAAAUGAGCCGCCUUUGCGGGCGUACACUUCCACCAAUGUUCAAUUCUACAUUUAACAAAAUGAAAGUGAUAUUGCGCACCGACAGUGAAAUAAAUCUCGAUGGAUUUCAGGCUGAGUGGGUACGUAUUUGUGGUGGUAAUUACAAUGCUACAGAUGAAGAACAAUUUUUGUAUAGCCCUGGUUAUCCCAAUGCUUACUCUAACGAUUUGUACUGUCUUUAUAGAUUCACAGCAACUGAUGGGCAUGUUCUAUUGAAAUUUCUAGAUUUUGAAUUAGAGGGGCAUUAUCCUGAUUGUAAUAACGACAACCUUACGUUGUCAGGUGAGUCCGCAAACGACUUCUUAUAUGAGACAAUAUAUUGCGGAAAGGAGGUGCCUCCGGUUGUUAUUCAGGAAAAAAUUAAUUUGGUUUUCCGUACAGAUUAUUAUUCAGGAAGGAAAGGAUUUAAAAUCUCAUAUAAAAAAGCCGCAUGCGGAGGCGAAGUUACAGAACCAACAACACUGAAAUCAAAUCCGACUGACUAUUACAUUAAUUAUAUGAACUGUACGUGGAUUAUAAAAGCCCCUAGCGAAAAAUCAAUUUCUCUUCGAUUCUUAUACUUUGAUUUAGAAAGCAGUACAGGGUGCUACAAUGAUUAUUUGGCUAUCUAUGAAGGUUUAUUCAUAAAUGAUGACAAACGUUUAAGUUUAUUGUGUGGAGAGGGUGACAAUUCAAGUACCGUCAUAAGGAGCUCAAAUAACCAUAUGGUAUUAAACAUGAGGACAGACAGUAGUUCGACUGGAAAAGGUUUUCAAGUAGCGGUAAUAUUUACAUACUCCACGUCUGUAGGAUGCGGUGGAGACAUCAAUCUAACCACCACUUCUAUAUAUAAUUUGAAAUCUCCUCUAAUUGGAUCAAAUUUACUCUAUGAAGAUUUCUUAGACUGUCAUUGGACAAUAGUCGCUCCAGUGGAUCAUGUUAUUAAAAUUAAAUUUACGUCAUUCCAUAUAGCUCCUUGCCAGAACGUAAACCAAACUGCUUUAGGAUACAAUCAAUGUGAUUGCGAUUUUGUAGAGUUAGUAGACGGUGUAGCACCAGAUAGUGCUUUGAUUGACAAGUUCUGUGGUCAUACACUACCACCGGAAUUAGUUUCAUCUGGUAAUGGAUUGGUUGUCCGACUAUUUACAGAUGGUGAAAUUAAUAGUUCUGGAUUUAAAGCUACAUUAAGCAUCAAAGAGUCUGUUUGCGGUCAAAGUAGUUACACUAUAACUAAGAGUGUGCAACGUAUUACCUCUCCUGGAUACGAGACCGGUUCUAUACCUCGUGGAAUACAUUGUGUUUAUAAUUUACAUGAUAAAAGACAGCAUACGAUACGCCUUAAUAUUAAAAAUAUUGAUUUAUUACCAGCACUUGAAAACUCAAAUCAAUGUAAUAGAGAUAAGUUGGUUAUUUCAAAUUUGAAAAAUGUUUAUAAUAUUACAAUCGGGAAAGAUUUGGUAUUAAAUAUGGAGAAUGAUUUAUAUAUUGACAGUGCUUACUUAUUAGAACAACAGGAAUUGAUAAAAGUUCCAAAGACUUUCACAUAUUGUGGGUCUCAAGCGGCAAUUGAGUUUUAUUUCAGUGGCAGCGUGUCUAUAACAGUGCUAACUUCAGCAGAGUCUGAUUCUGCUACCCAUAGAGGGGUCGAAUUAGAGUUCUCGGAAGCAGAUUACUGCGGUAGAAAUUAUACUGAACCUUAUGGUAGAAUAAAGUCGCUAGAAAUUUACGACUAUGAUGCGGAACCGAAAAAGGAUUGUUACACUUUAAUAACUGCUCCAGAAAACCAUACAAUAUCAGCAUACUUCUUACGGCUUUCGCCAACAUAUUGGGUAGAAGAAACAUACCUUGAAAUAUUUGACGGAAAAUUGCCUUCCGACCGCAGACUGAAAAAGAUUGGUAUUGAAUAUAACGACAUAUUAUCAGUGUCAUCCACUGGAAGAAAUAUGUUGAUACACAGUCGUGUGGUAAGCGCUGGUUACAUCAGUUAUGAUCUGACUUACGUUACCACAGAUAAGGGCCCCGGAUGCGGGGGAACACUUAAAAAUGAAGUAGGAAAAAUUACAAGUCCAAUGUACCCAAGCGUAUACCGGCGUAGAAGCACGUGCGAGUGGGAGCUGGAGACUCCAAUAGGGACACGCCUUCACUUACGUUUCAGUGUAUUUGAUCUUGGUAGGGCUUGUGAUCAAAUUUACUUACAAUUAAUCGAUAGGCAUGGUAAAACCUCCACGUUUUGUUCCGAAACGCCCGCCGAUUACAUUAGUGAAGACAAUUAUGUGAAAAUUGUUUUCACUACUACAAUGAACAAUGGAGGCACAGGUUGGGUGGCAGAAUUUGUUGGCGUGAAAUUAUUAACUGAAGUGGUAUAA